AACCAGGUUGAAAUUCACACAAAGCUACAGAAUAUUUUUUAUCAGAAUUCAAGAGGAGGUUAGAACAGCCUCUUCUCAUACGGACAAUUUUGUGAGACGUGGCAACCAUCCAUGGCCGUCCACUCACUCUGAUUCUGAUUGACGUCAAAAAGCCUGAAAGUCUGAAACCACUGGCUGUGCUGUGCCAUACAACGAAAGCAGGCAAAAACAAAUGGUAGCCGUUUGAUGGUAAGAGACUGUUUGCGAUUGCAUGCAUGGAUUGGGGAAGAGUGCCAAGCCAAGGUGGCAGGCAAGAUGUCAAAAAGAGAAGCAAGUAGGUGGGAAGAAGUAUCAGUGAAACGUGGAUGACACGUGAGAUUUGAACCGUGUAAUGUAGCGAUAGAGAGAUCCAACGGCUGUGAAUGGAUGGAUGGAGCAAUGACGCGAAAAAGAAUGGGCGUCUUUUAGAUGCAUUUAAGAAGCUUCGGAUUUUCCGUAUUCUGGGAGUCUCUGACUGUGAGCUUUGAGAGAGACAGAGAAAUUACUGAAUCUCGCAUGAUACAUUUCAAGAGAAAAGAUCUGGAUUCGGGUUUAGUGGCGUUUUGUUGGUUGUUUAGAUCGAUUCAGAGCCGUAGAAGCUAUUUUGAAAAGGAAAAGAAAAAAGGAAAAUGAUCACAGAAAUGGACAGUAGUCGAGACAUGAGACGCGGAGUCAGUCGGUUCUCACGACAACAGAUGAAGCAAUCUGGACAGAGGCUCUGCUCUGCCACUGCUGGUUUGGAUGGUGUUGGUGACGACGACGACUUUGUUUCUUUGGAGAAAUCGAAGAAACAAAGACUCAUUAAAAAAUUAAGUGUUGUUGAUAAAGCCAGUUCAACUUACCAAGACUCUGAAACUGGCUGUAAAAUGUCUUCUGAUAGAGAUAGAAACAAUGAAUUUCCUUCCCAGUCGCAUUCUUUAAUAAGUAAUGGUACUGCCAAGAGUUUUACGUUCCCUAAGAAGCAGUUUUUUGAUGACUACAAUGGCGUUGAUCAUGCAUCUGUUCCCCGUAAGCUGCGGUCAGCUAUGAAGAAGCGACAUCGCAAAUCUAUCUCUCGAUCUUUGCCAGAUUCAAAGAAGCUGAACCAUACAAUGGGUGGAGUUGUAUCACCCAAAAAGAAUGGCUUGAAGAAGUCCAAACUGAACAUGAAACAAGGUGGCUUGGACUGGACCACAAAGCAGGCUUUGGGGUCAAUCACUAAAGACGAGGAAGAAGUUGUGGAGACCUUAUAUGCUUUGGCAGAAAUGUUCUCUGACAAUGACACCACUGAUAAGAAUAAAUUGGAGAAUUCCCCUUCGGAAGCAAAACAUCCAGCUUUGCCAGAAUGUAGGGAGAGCCCUACAACUGCAUUUGAAGUUUCAACAGAGGACUUGAGCUCAACCUGCCCCAUGAGAACUUCUGAGGCUGCUCCUUCUGCUAAUCUAGAAACGUUGCUUAAAGAAACUGCUAAAAUCAAUUCUUUGGACAAACCCACUAUUGAAGAAAAAUCUGUUUCACAUGACAAUGAAAUUUUCCCUAUGAAAUCAGAUACCUGUGUUCCUCAAGUGAAUCUAUGUAGUAUGAUGCCUUCGUUGGCUAAGACUUCUUAUAAUGAUGAUAAGCCAUCAUGUGAUUGUGAAAAGUUGCAUGUUCUGACUGAAAUAAGUUGUGAUUCAGGUAGAUCAAAGCAGUCUGUUCAAAGGGAUGCAUCACAGCUCACAAUGGGGGCUGCGGUCAGUGGAAGUCAAUUUGAACAACAAGAUAUGGUCAUGGAUUCCAGAAAAAAGAGCCUAGCAUUGUGGCCUGGAUUGUCACCGAUAGUGGUUCCUUGUUCUGGCUGUCCUGGUUCUUCUUUGCAGUCCUCUACUGCAAAUGAUCCAGCUUGGCUAGAUGCAGCCAUAUGUGUCUCCAACCCAUGUUCAUUUGGCAUUGGACCUUUAUAUGGAAAGGUUUCUAAAGGGACCACUCGUAGGUUGCUGAAGAGGUGCGCAGCUCAUGUCUACAUCACUCAUCUUAUUCAGGAUCUAAAAAUACCUGAGAAGAAACAAAUAUUGUCUUUACAGCCUAAUCAAGUGAAAUUGCAACAUGAAAAUCAAAAGCCAGGGUUAUUUAAGGCUAUUAAUGACUUUGAAAGGGUGGAUAAAGGUGCAAAUGGAGUUCUAUUGACCAACAAUGCAACUUGUAAUACUACUGAAAGAGAUGCAAAUGAUGCUACAAGUGGUAUUCUUCAGCAGAAGAGGCUUUAUCAAGAUCAGCCUCAGAAUACUGAAGCAUCUCGAGCAAACACUUUGCAGAAGCAGAGUUUCAAUUUCUUGUCUUUGUCAGCUGGAAGCGUUGGAGUAGAAGCUAAUAACAGCUUUAACGGAGCUGGAAACAAUGGAUUAGAGCCAUCAUCACAGUUUCAAGUUUCUUAUCUUCAUUCGCAAGCGCAGCACAAAUUCAUACCUCUUUCUAUGUCACAAACUCGCUAUACCUCAUCUGUUUACCCAGACCACAUUUCUGCAUCUACAUCCACACAGCAGUUACCUCCGUAUCUCAGCAGCCCUUAUCCUGGCCUACACCAUACAAGUUCUUCCACACUCUUGACAAAGCAACGGCAUCAACAACAGGUUUGGGUGGCAGAGCUAGCUGCCCAAUACAGACCUGGGGUAACUUGUACAGCAAUGAACCAAUUUCCAAGCUGGCUAAAUGGGAGAGAGGAUCCUAACUUGAUUCCAUGCCUCCAGUCGGUUUCAUCAUUAGAAGUGGUUGGUCCCAAGUAUGGUUCAAUUCCUCAACAACAACAUCAGCCACAGUUGGUGGCCAUUGCUUCGUCUUUACCACCACUUCCAAGGGUGAAAAGGCUUGACCGCCAUCUCCCAUCAGUUUAUGAAGAAAUGGAAGGAGGGUUUCACACAAGUGGUGCAUUACCUUUGCAAUUACUCUGCAAUGAACGCCUAUAGAUCCGGGUGAAAGGUAGUAACUGUUAUUUAUUCUUUUCCUUCCUACAUGGGAACUUUGACUCAAGAGUAUUGUUGAUUAGUUUAUACGCGCCAUCAAGUGAAUUGUUAGGUAAAGCAUCCAAAGAGUGGGCAAAAGAGCUUGAGACCCAUUAAUAGUCAUAGCUGGUGCUCAAUUAUGAUAAAAUUGUGAUUAUAAUCAGCUUAUAAGAAGGAUGUAGGAAGAUUAUUUGUGUAUAUGUUUAUGCUUCCCGCGAAAGGAAUAUCCGCAUGUACAUUCAAAAGUCUCUGUUAAACUUUUUAUGCAUAUUCACACACUUACAGAAAACACGAUGUACAUUAGUAAGAAAACAAUAAACGUAACAUUAAUUCA